UCUCGUUCCUUCUCACAACGGCGCUCUUUAAGCUCCGGUGCGCGAUACAGAGCGGCCAUUCAUUGAAGGGCAAACCAAACGAGGGGGCAGGGGACAGGGCGAGCGCCACACUGGUGGACAGGGGAACGCACGAACUCCCGUGUUGAACGGGCGACCUCAUAAACUCUGCAUUGGCGACAUCGGUGGAAGUGAAUGGGAAGUGCAAAGGACAGGAUUUGGGUACAUUCGAUUACGCACGAGUAGGCUAUGGGUUUACGCGUGGCAUAUAGGAAUAAUUCCAUAUAGAGGAGCGAGUCUGGACUCUCUCUCAGCUGUAGCUUAAAGUUUUACAUUCUCUGAACAAAUUUUCCACAUUUUCCUGCAAGGAUAUUUUUUGUUGCCAAUCGAUAAUAGCCUAUACAUUAAAAUGUCUGGAGAGGAGCACAGUCUAUCCGAGGCAGAGUUGAGUCCCGGGGGAUCAGAUGAUGGUCACUCUCUGUCACCGGCACACUCCGGGGCCACCGGCGGCCGGGACUCCCCGCUCACCGGUCCGUCGCAGCAACUGACGGGGCUUUCUGGCGCAGAUGGCGGCGGAGAGGACGGUGGACUAGUGCCCAAGUCAGAGGUGGAUAUGGACCGGUUCCCCAUCGGCAUCCGCGAGGCGGUCAGCCAGGUGCUGGACGGAUACGACUGGACGCUCGUGCCCAUGCCCGUGCGCGUAAACAACGGGAACAAGAGCAAGCCUCACGUGAAGAGGCCGAUGAACGCCUUCAUGGUGUGGGCGCAGGCCGCGCGCCGUAAACUGGCGGACCAGUACCCUCACCUGCACAACGCGGAGCUCAGCAAGACACUCGGCAAACUGUGGAGGCUCCUGAAUGAGAGUGACAAGAGGCCUUUCAUUGAGGAGGCGGAGCGACUGAGGAAACAACAUAAGAAGGACUACCCAGAGUACAAGUACCAGCCCCGCAGACGCAAGAAUGGCAAGCUGGGGACCAAUGGUGAGGGAGGGGAGGGAGCAGAGGGGGAGGGCAGCCACGCCCAGUCCCAUUACAAGGCCCUCCACCUGGAUGUGCACAGUACAGGGGCUGGGUCCCCCCUGGCCGACCUCCACCACCAUCAUCACCACCACCCUGCAGGUCAGGGUCACAGCCCGCCAACACCCCCCACCACCCCAAAGACAGAGCUCCAGUCUGGAAAGAUGACAGAGGGGAAGAGGGAGGGCGGAGGUGGCUCGGGGUCUUCCCGUGGAGGAGGCCUGGGGGUAGGAGCAGAGGGGGCCUCCGGGGGCCAUUCAUCAGCGGGCGGGAAACCCCACAUCGACUUCUGCACCAUGGACAUCGGCGAGAUCAGCCACGACGUGAUGGCCAACAUCGAGCCCUUCGACGUCAACGAGUUUGACCAGUACCUGCCGCCCAACGGGCACCCGGGGGUCGGCCAGGGCGGCGCCACACCAAGCUCCUCCGCUACAUCCUACGCCUACGCCCUCGCCGCCGCCAGCGGUCACUCAGCCGCCUGGCUCUCCAAGCAGCAUCAGCAUCAACAGCCCUCCCCCUCUGCCUCAGACGCCACCAAGGCCCAGAUCAAGAGUGAGUCCGGGGGCGGGAGCCACUACGCAGAGACUUCCUCCUCUUCGUCAGGAACACACGUCACCUACACCCCCCUCAGCCUCCCCCACUACGGAUCAGCCUUCCCCUCGCUGCCCUCCAGGGCCCAGUUUGAGUACGGGGAGCACCAGGCGCCGGGGCCGUACUACGCCCACUCCAGCCAGGCCCCGGGGCUGUACUCAGCCUUCUCCUACAUGGGGCCCAGCCAGAGGCCCCUCUACACUACCAUCACUGACCCCUCCAGCGUGGCCCAGUCUCACAGUCCUACACACUGGGAGCAGCCUGUCUAUACCACCCUGUCACGGCCAUGAGAGAGACUGAGAUGCAUGGGAUUGGAUGUGUGUGUGUGUCUCUACACCACCCUCUCACGACCCUGAGAGAGGGAUAAAGAAAGACAAAGAUUGGAAGGGUGGCUACUGAACGUGUGUGUGGGGGGGGGGUUAACAAAGGAUGGAUAUCUUACUGAUGUUGUAUUGGGAUUCAUUGGGACUUGACAGUGUAUCUAUCCUUAUAAUAUUUUACUGUAUAGUAUAUUUUCUAUCACAGCCAAUGGUCAAUAGCCAAUCAGAAUAAACCUUUAACCAAUGUGUGCCAUGUUUUAGUGUGUAAGGUCAGGAUCCCAGCUACCAGAGUGUCAUAGUGUAUAGUAAGAGGGCUUAUUGUGAUGAGGAGCCAAGAGCACACAGAACUAAUACCGUAGUGGUAAGAAGGAUACACAUAGGGUUUCAAAAUGCUGCUAACCUUCCCCAAAUUCUCAGGUUUUCCAGAAAUCCUGGUUGGAAGUUCCUGGAAUUAGCAGGGAAGAAGCAGGAUAUCCAGGAAUCCUCCUACUGGGAUUUCUGGAAAACUGGGGAAUUUUGGGAAAGUUAAUGGAAUUUUUACAACCCUAGCUACCUAUAUCACAAGGAUUGAGUAACAUUUCCGGCAAGGACUGGCCUUCAGCGGGUUUCGACAGGCUAUCAGCCUAGGACAAAUACAACGUGAUGUUUAUCAGAACUGGGUUGUUUUAGAUUGAAAUAAUCUGAUUCUAUUAACCAAACUAAAGGAAAUGUUUGCGUGACUUCAUUUUAUGUAUUUUUUUAUGUACGUUUUAGUAUUUCUUUGGUUAUUUUUUAUAUGACUUUACAUGUUCUGGUUCGAUACUACACUGACAUGUCUUCACCACUGCUUUUGAAAGAAAAUCUUUAUUUCAAAUAGGUCAGUUUACUUGGCCAAUUACUUUAUGCGUUGGUAUACGGGCGUCAGGUAGUCAAGCCGUUAAGUGCGUUAGGCCAGUAACUGAAAGGUUGCCGGUUUGAAACCCUGAGCCGGCGUGGUGGAAAAAUCUUCUAUUCUGCCCUUGAGCAAGGCAGUUAACCUGCAACAACUACUCCCCGGGCGCCAUGGACGUCGAUUAAGGCAGCCCCCACUGCACAUCUCUGAUUCAAAGGGUUUGGGUUAAAUGUGGAAGACAGGGUUGAACGCGUUCAGUAGUGCAACUGACUAGGUAUCACCUUCUGGGAUGCUGCUUGACUCCUUAUGUGUUGCAUUGUGAAAAACCAUAGUUGAUGAGGAAAAAGGACAACAAAAACAAGGAGGGAAAGAGAAUUCCUGGAAACACUUUAGCAUAGAGUUCUGGAAAGCAGCACAUUACCUCAACUCAAUGUACAUGUGCCAAUAACACUUUACAUGCUCUAAUAUCCUUGAUGAGAAUAUAUGGCACACAUUUCGCUUAUACUACUCAUAAAUAAUAAAACAAUUGUUGAAGUCA